AUGGCCGACACAGAAGAAACACCUGCGCAGCGACAGGCGAGGAUUCGGCGGCAGAAGCGAGAGGCGAAAAUCACAGGCGCGGCCACCGAGAGGCUCGAUAAGAUCACUAGACUCAGUGGAAGGACUCCAGAGAACUUGAGAAAUGCGUCUCCCGCAUCAACACCGUCCGGCACGUCCACCCCACCACAACUCCCCACUCCGAACGCAGGGCAGGGCACGGCGGCAACUCCAGAGCAGCUGAAAGCACAGGAAGAAUACCUGAGAACAUUGUUGAGGCAACCCAUACCUCAAAAUGAGGCACCUCAAGCAGAGCAACAAGAAGAUCCGAUGCUGAAGAUGCUGCAAGCCAUGAUGGGAGGGAUGGCCGGUCCUAGCGACCCGAGCGACCCCAGUGUGCCUGGACGCGUGGGCGCAACUCCCGGGUUUUCUCCGGACGACAUAUCAAGAGCUACGGGGAUCCCUCCCUUUUUAACCAACAUGAUUAUGGGAGGACAGAAGGCACCACCUACAAAGGCGGAGGUAAACGCGACGAGAUUGUGGAAGAUCCUGCAUGUCAUUUUCGCCGUGGUGGCAGGGCUGUAUCUGGUGUUUAGGAUUCACGCGUCUACCAAGCUGUUUGGCGAGAAUCCGCCGGCGCCAGCAACCUUCCAGAAUCCUUUUCUACUCUUCGCGACUGGCGAGCUGAUUAUGCAGAGUACCAGGGUUGCAACCAAAGGGCAUUCGGGCAAAAGCGGGUUUUCUUUGUGGAUACAGAUGUUCAGGGAAUUUAUCGGGGAUGGUGCGAUUCUGGUAUUCAUGCUGGGAAUAGCGUCCUGGUGGAAAGGAAGUGCACAGUUAUAG